CAUGCCUCAAAAUGAUGAGCGACCACCCACACGAAUGUCGCAGAAGAGGUUUUCUCCGUCCCUUUAUGCUAUAACAGUGCACGCUAGUGUCCAGCAUACAGAUAUGAGGUUUUACAUGCCCUGUAUACAUACAGACGCCUUUAUAUGAAUAGGAAACUUUUCGCAGUCGAUGCGGAGGAACUUGUCAAUGAGGUCGACGAAGCGGGAACGAUCACCGAGUGCGGGGCUGGAUAUUCUGUUAGAAUGAAAAAGAAUUCGUAGUCAUCAGAUGGUCGUAAGAAAAAUAUUAUGUGUGGGUAUGAGAAAUCUUUCUAUUCGCCUUCGCAUCGCCUGGGAAAAAACAAGAGACCGAUCAUUUAAACAUGGUGGUAUGCAUUUCAGCCGUUUAAAGCUCCGCCUGAAUUUAGCCUGAAAACUAAGGGAUGAAGAGCGGCUGGCAGGUACAGGGACAGCAGCCGAAGACCAGCGGAACUCCAGGAUUUUAAUGUCCAUUAUGCAAAAUCCUGGGUAACUAUGAGCAGGAGAAUGAAAAGCAUCACAGGUUAUGCAUUCAGCAAUCACCCACAUCUUUUCAAGAAGACGUUGCCUUGGAGACGAUGUUACUUUGGUAUUCACGGUGUGGAAAUGACUGACCAAUGAGCUUUCUGCUGUACCUACGGUGGAACAGAAGGCUUCACAGAUAUUCCCCCAGACGUCUUGUCACCGCGACCUCAGCUAUGAUCUCCCCCAGCACUUAAGGACGGCAUUUCUUCACUUUUCCCCAUAAUGGUUUUCUGGAUUUUGCUGGCUUUUGUGUUGUCGGAGGAGUUUGGGAUGCUAGUGGGCGCCCAGUCCAACGAACGCCGGGUGGUGGCCCAUGUCCCCGGGGACAUCAUCAUCGGGGCCCUUUUCUCUGUGCACCACCAGCCCCCGGCAGACAAGGUGCAUGAGCGCAAGUGUGGCCCCGUGCGGGAGCAGUACGGGAUCCAGCGGGUGGAGGCCAUGCUGCACACGUUGGAUCGCAUCAACGCCGACAACAAGAUCCUGCCCAACAUCACGCUAGGCUGUGAAAUACGUGACUCCUGUUGGCACUCAGCUGUGGCCCUGGAGCAGAGCAUCGAGUUCAUCCGCGACUCCCUGGUGUCUUCUGAGGAAGAGGAGGGCCUGGUACGCUGUACAGAGAGCAGCACCACUCCCAUGCGGGGCAAGAAACCCAUCGUGGGUGUGAUCGGACCCGGGUCCAGCUCAGUAGCCAUCCAGGUGCAGAACCUCCUGCAGCUCUUCAAUAUCCCCCAGAUCGCCUACUCUGCCACCAGCAUGGACCUCAGUGACAAGUCCCUGUACAAGUACUUCAUGAGGGUGGUGCCCUCUGACGCUGACCAGGCCAGGGCCAUGGUGGACAUCGUCAAGCGCUACAACUGGAGCUACGUUUCGGCCAUCCACACUGAAGGGAACUACGGUGAGAGUGGCAUGGAGGCCUUCAAAGACAUGGCAGCCAAGGAGGGCAUCUGCAUCGCCCAUUCCGACAAGAUCUACAGCAACGCAGGCGAACAGAACUUUGACCGGCUGUUGCUGAAGCUGCGCGGCCACCUGCCGAAGGCGCGAGUGGUGGCCUGCUUCUGCGAGGGCAUGACGGUGCGUGGCAUCCUCAUGGCCAUGCAGCGCCAGAAUCUGGUGGGAGAGUUCCUGCUGGUCGGGAGCGACGGCUGGGCGGACCGGCACGACGUCACCGACGGCUAUGUGAGGGAGGCUGCCGGCGGGAUCACCAUCAAGCUCCAGUCAGCCGACGUCAAGUGGUUUGACGACUACUACCUGCGUCUGCGGCCUGACAACAACCCGCGCGACCCCUGGUUCCCCGAGUUCUGGCAGCACCGCUUCCAGUGCCGGCUGCGGGGGCACCCGCAGGAGAACACCAAGUACAACCGCACCUGUACCAAGAGAGAAUCCCUGAGGCAGCAGUACACCCAGGACACCAAGAUGGGCUUCGUCAUUAACGCCAUCUACUCCAUGGCAUACGGGCUGCACAACAUGCAGAGGGCGCUGUGUCCAGGCUACUCGGGGCUCUGCGACGCCAUGAGGCCCAUCGACGGCCGCAAGCUUCUGGACUUCCUGAUGAAGACCAACUUCACGGGGGUGUCCGGGGAGGGCAUCCUGUUCGACGAGAAUGGAGACUCCCCCGGCAGGUACGAGAUCAUGAACUUUAAGAAGAUGGGUAAGGAUUACUACAACUACAUCAAUGUGGGUAGUUGGGACAACAGCGGCCUGAAAAUCAACGAUGACGAGAUCUGGUCCAACCGCAGCACCAUCAUCAAGUCGGUGUGCAGCGAGCCUUGCGACAAGGGCCAGAUCAAGGUUAUCCGCAAAGGUGAGGUCAGUUGCUGCUGGACCUGCACACCCUGCAAGGAGAACGAGUUUGUCUUUGACGAGUACACCUGCCGAGCGUGCGAGCUGGGCUCCUGGCCCACAGACGAUCUUACAGGCUGUGACCCCAUUCCUGUGGAGUACCUCCGCUGGGGUGACCCCGAGCCCAUCGCCGCCGUCGUCUUCGCCUGCCUGGGGCUCCUCGCCACUUUCUUUGUCACCUCCAUCUUCAUCAUAUACAGGGACACGCCCGUGGUUAAGUCCUCGAGUCGCGAGCUCUGCUACAUCAUCCUGGCUGGCAUCUGCCUGGGCUACCUCUGUACCUUCUGCCUCAUCGCUAAGCCGCACAUCAUCUACUGUUACCUUCAGAGGAUGGGCAUCGGCCUGUCGCCCGCCAUGAGCUACUCGGCACUGGUGACAAAGACCAACCGCAUCGCGCGCAUCCUGGCUGGCAGCAAAAAGAAGAUCUGCACCAAGAAGCCUCGCUUCAUGAGUGCCUGUGCCCAGCUGGUCAUUGCUUUCAUCCUCAUCCUCCUCCAGCUGGGCAUCAUUGUGGCUCUCUUCGUCAUGGAGCCACCUGACGUCGUCCACGACUACCCCAGCAUCCGUGAGGUGAAACUCAUCUGCAACACCACCAACCUGGGUGUGGUGGCUCCGCUGGGCUACAACGGGCUGCUCAUCCUCAGCUGCACCUUCUACGCCUUCAAGACGCGCAACGUGCCGGCCAACUUCAAUGAGGCCAAGUACAUCGCCUUCACCAUGUACACCACCUGCAUCAUCUGGUUGGCUUUCGUGCCCAUCUACUUCGGCAGCAACUACAAGAUCAUCACCAUGUGUUUCUCAGUGAGCCUCAGUGCCACUGUGGCACUGGGCUGCAUGUUCGUGCCCAAGGUGUACAUCAUCCUGGCCAAGCCGGAGAGGAACGUCCGCAGUGCCUUCACCACCUCCACCGUGGUGCGCAUGCACGUGGGCGAUGGCAAGUCCUCCUCUGCGGCCAGCCGCUCAAGCAGCCUGGUCAACUUGUGGAAGCGCCGGGGGUCUUCUGGGGAGACUCUGAGUUCCAAUGGCAAGACGGUGACCUGGGCGCAGAACGAGAGGGGCUCCCGAGGGAACCACCUGUGGAAGCGGCUGUCCUUUCACAUUAAGAAGCGUGAGAGCAACCAGACGGCGGUCAUAAAGCCCUUCUCCAAGGGCCCUGAGACCCGCUACGGGGGCGACGUUACGCCCGAGUCCAGCGCUAAGAUGCUGUACGAGGUGUCGGAGGCCGAGGAGCACUACUCGGGUACCUACCAGCCUCAGACACCCUCGCCCAUCAGCACGGUGAGCCAGCGGGCUGCCGCGCUGGCCAGGGGCCUUGAGGGCCCGCCCACGGGCCCCUACCGUGGCGAGCAGGCGCAGCACAGCCCCCACAAUGAGGGUUCCAUCAUGGACCAGAUCAGCUGCGUGGUGAACCGCUUCACUGCCAACAUCAGUGAGCUCAACAGCAUGAUGCUGGCCAGCACCCCCGUGCCCCCUGGCGCCGCCGAGACCUUCCCCCCCACCUUCCUGAUCCCGCGUGAGAUCCAGCUGCCCACCACCAUGACCACCUUCGCGGAGGUGCAGCCUGUGCCCCCCGCCGAAGCCGAAGCCUGCCAGCCCGUGGCGGGCCGUGCCUCCCCUGGCAGUGACGGGGACACGCCCCCGGGCUCGCCCACAGUCCGCAGUGACCUGGAGGAGCUGGCCACGCUGACCCCGCCCUCCCCCUUCAGGGACUCGGUUGGCUCGGGCAGCGGCUCACCCACCUCCCCCGUGUCAGAGUCCGCGCUCUGUAUCCCGGCGUCGCCCAAAUAUGACCGGCUGGUGCUGCGGGACUACAGUCAGAGCUCCUCGUCCCUGUGAGGCGGCGGCACGGCCGGGGGCGGUGAGGACGCCCGGCAGCUGCAGUGACACGUGCGUACGGGCAUGCGGGCGGGCGCCCCACAGGCUGGGUGCGGGAGAGCAUCCGGUCCAGAAGUGACACCUACUGCCAGAACAUCACAAAGCAACAGCAAGAAAGAGUCCAGGGUCCUCGGCGACACCCUGGUCUGGUCCUCAUUCUGGCACUGGCCUUAUACUAUCACAUGGCUUUUUAGCUAAUUAGACGCCUCCCGCAUGUGAGCAUCGGCAGACCCACCUUUCCCGGGUGGUCGUUGUCUCCGGAGUUGCGUCGAGAAUCCAAGGGCUGUGAACGGUGGUAGUGGGCAGUUCCCACAGUGACCGGCGCAUCCCAACAGCGUCGGCGAUGCCAGGACUGUGUCUAACGGGGCAAGGGUCCAGCUUAACCCUGGGGAAGGCUGUAAAUACGGCAUGUGUGAUGAACCUCGCUGCCAACAAACUAUUUUGCUUCAUGGCCAUAGUGGAGCACACACACGCACAGCCACCUGCGCAGAAGAGCACACGGAUCACCAAGAGCUCCCCCCUUUUCGUACCUUUAUAGCUCUGUUUUCAUUUCUCGCCUUUCUGAGGGGGCGGCUCUCAAUGUCCUACUGAAAGCCUGAAUGUAUGUUUCCAAAAAUGAUUCCUGAAUGACGUGGGACCAAAUCUAUCUUGUACCUCCAAAGGGAUUGUGGGAGAUGUUCCUAUGUUCCACACCGUGACGGCCAAGGCUAUUGUGGCGAUAGUGGCUACAUGCAUUUGAGGUUGGGAGCCUCAGAAUCAUUUCACCUGUGAAAGUAAGCAUUGUCUUAGUCAUACUAUGGGACCUGUCAGACAAAGACCGUAAAGCCACUGAUUGGCUCACUGAACGGCAGCCUCUGCAUAUGUCAGUCUCCUGUUUUAAAAAGGGCUCUUCUGUUUGGAGCUUAUUAUUCCUAUACAGCUGCUGAGACAAGAUGGUGUUGACAGACGAGAGUAUGGAUUGGGUGACCAGAUUAACAUACUACACAAUAGCAUUCAUUCUAUUCACAGAUUCACAUGUCAGGUGAGUGAUCUAGUGUAAAGUAAGAGGGUUGCGGUCCAUCACCAAGAUGCCAGUAACACUCCGUGGCAGCAGAUGGCUUGUAAAUGCUAAGGACGAUGCUAAAAUGCUAUUUUUCAUUAGCAACUCAGAUAUCAGAAGUAAACCAAUACUCCUCACAGAAAAAAAAGCGUAGAGUUGAGGUCAACACGCCUUUUAAAAAGUGCUGUUGAUAGUUAGGGUACAUAUAUCAUAUAUCUACAUGUACAAUUGUGUUUCAAUGAAUGUGAAAAGCUGUUUUUAGCUUCAGUUGUCUGGUGAGUAAAUAUGAGAAAAAUUUAUUAUGAUGACAAUGACCUGUGCCAAAGGGUGGGGGUGGGGGGGUGGCAGUGUUUGCAUACAAUCAGAAGUUAAAGUCUGUUUUACCGUUUCAUUUUUUUAACCAUUUUUUAUAAUGUUUAAACUCAAACAAAAAGCAAUACGACAGGUAUAUAUGUACACAAUGCAUACAAUAUUUAAAUGAAAAAAAAAUUGUUGUGCAUCUCCGGUGUGCUCAUCAAAAUGGCGUCUGUUUUCUGCGGUUUAUUAAAGAUCGUUUGCUUCGUUACGUCAGUAACAUGGACCCUCAGAUUUUCGGACCAAGACGGCUUGCUUCUCCACGCAGGUACCUCUCAUUCCCUCCCUAAACUGUCAGACUUCAGCAUUCAAGAAGCUAUUUGGUAUACAUGAGGUUCUACCAUCUGCCAUCAGAGUCACCUACAACAUUUCAGUUUAUGGAAAACUCUUUGUUCGUUUUGUAUUAUUUCAUAUAUUUAACAAUUAAUCUGCGGGACGUUUCAGUGAAGCUCUUCAUAAAAGCCUUUCUUGAGUGGGCUGAUUUGGUAUGACAAGCAUAAUUUAAGUGUCAUGGCAGUAAAAUGAUUUUAAAGUAAUUCAUGCUGUCUUUAACAGUGUCUACAAUAUGAAAGGGUAUCAGAAUGAGCUGUAAUUACACAGAGCAGGAUACUCCUGCUAUCAAAAGUAAAUCUUGCUUCUGCCAGAUAUGAAGGGUCACCUGCUGUCUUUUUCCUGGGUGACGGUACAUGUUGGCUUUCUAAUCGAAAGCAAGACACGAGAAAUGGAAAACAGACAUGAAAAAUGUCAAAAAUGAGGAUCACGCCUCUGUGCAUCUCGAAAUGGGGAACACGACACACAUUUGUUCCAGCUGUAAGUGUCAGGGGUUGAAAGCGCGUUCCGCUGGCUGUUUGGGUGUGAUGCCUAAUCCUGGCCGGCCUCCAUCGCCGUCAGCGGAAUUCUGCUCUGAAGACAGUACUACUCUCACUUCUCAUCUCGACAACAGCCCGUAGUAUCUUUCAAAUCAGAGCCUAUUAAUGUUUCUAUUCAGUUUGUUUUGUCUUAAAAUAAUGACGUGAAAAACGUUUUAAGUUUAUGCUUUAUAGGAUGUUUUGGAAUAUAGUUUGCAGUUUCAUUACUUACUUAGUAGGGUUCAUUUUUAACACGCAUUGAAUUUUAAUAUAUUGACUGGACGCUGACGUGUAGUUUGGCUGGGGAAGAAACAUUACGAAAAAUUCUGUAUGGUCCCAAAUGAGUUUUAAAAAUGAAAUUUUAGGUUUCCUGAAAGUUCUUUUUAUAGCGGUACGGUAUUUAUUUGACGGCUUCACUCGAUGUGCUCUGACAGGAAUCUGUAUAUUUCCAAUCCCUCAAAUCAAAGUCUGUGCCAACGCUAUUGAAUCUGUACGAACUAAGUGCUUUUUGUGGUGAGAUUAGAUGAUUGUUACCUACAUAUAUACAUAUAUACACAUAUAUUUGUAUAUAUGUGUACUAUUUUUGUGAGAUGUGUUUUGGUUAAUUUUUGCUGCUUUUCUGACUUAAUGAACUUUAGAAUGUAACAUUAUAUUACUAACGUGAAACUGGACAUGAUUUUUAUUACUAUUUGUUGAUGUUUAAUAGUUUCAUUACACUGUAAAUGUGAGAGAAGAAUAGGACCGUUUAGAACCAUAUUUGAGGUUUUGCGUUUUCUUACCAUUGUAUUAUUGUACUGCAGAGUACUUUUUGAACAUUAUUAAAAACCUGGAAUUAAG